AUGGCAGCUCAGAUGCGGUUGCAUGGCUCCUGCAGCUGUGGUCGAUUCCGCCAUGCGGUCGACCUGCCCUCACAACAGACCGAACGAGCUGAACUGCGGUACGACAAUUCUUCUGCGUCGCGCCAACAUUCUGCCAGCCCACUCACUCUUUGGCUUCGAGUGCCACUGCCAUGGUACACCUCAGCAACCUUCGCACAAUUCCCUGACGAGACGCAUUCGAGCAUCCAGCGCACGUUUGUAUCGCCCUUCACACCAACGACGUCCAACAAGUUCUGCGGAUACUGUGGCACCCAGCUGUCCUCAUGGAACGAGCGCACGCGCGAUGAUGCCCACCAUAUCUGCCUGCCAGUGGGCAGUCUGCUGGACGAGGACCAAGAAUUGCUGAACACGUUGGGCUUUUUCGGCGAUAGCAGCGACGAGGAGACAAGCGUUGCUGCCCCUGCGCGGACAAAUCCUACGCGAACAGUUGUGCGAUCAGAGCCGCAGGUACGUGGCGCUCCAUGGUUCGAGGAGAUUGUGCGCAAUACGAGGUUGGGUCGCUUCAGACAGCAGCGUGGUGGACAUUCAGACAAUGGCGUCCAGGUGGAAUGGGAAGUCGCCGAGUGGACUGAGGGGGACGACGACGGUGACGGUGACGUUGGCGACAGUGGCAGUGCCACGCCAAGCAAGAGGAAGAUCGGUGACCUCGAGGUUGAAGACUCCGAUAUGCGCUCUGCCUGA